GACCAACUUUCGGUUGCAUGUAUAAUGCGAACUCGAGACCCCUACCGUUCACUUACUCUCAGCCGACCCGGCCGGAAGGUUCACUCGUCUGUUUUGAAAUGUUGACAUCGGAUCCGAUUGGGGGAUUCAAACCAAGCCGGCGCCUCGAGCUGCCGUACAACUGGCGCUACCCUUUCUCCUUUAGAGACCUCGAUCAGUCCCUUUCAGAAGGUAUCUUCCUUGUUCAAAGCCGCGUUAACAUUCCCUUCUUGCAACAACUCCUCGCUUUACAUGCAACUUCUCGGAUUGGUCACCUUGUAAUAGGUUAGCACUAUAAAGAGCAAAAGGGUUUCUACCUCUCAGGAACGGGGGAGGGAAUCUAGAGAGAAAAGGAAAGGGGGGGUCUUUGACAAUGCACGUUCGACAUAGUAUUCAACCUGGGAGUCCUGUCAAUGUCAUUGAUGUUCGGUUCGAUGAGGGGAAUCAGAUAUUUACGACGUGUACAACUUCUGGGUUUGCGAUUUAUAAGGCGUGGCCUAUGACGUUGCUGAGGAAACGAGAUUUACAGAAUGGAACUCUGUCGAUCGUGCAGCCCAUGCAGACAACUUCACUCCUGUUUCUAGUUGGAGGUGGGAGAAGUCCACGGUACCCGUUGAAUAAAGUUGUGCUUUGGGAUGAUGCCGUUGGGAGGGAAGUUGGUGAGUUGGAGUUUAGAGAGCAAGUACUGGGGUUAGCGGUAAGGAGGGAUUGGCUUUGCGUUGCGUUGAAACGGAGAGUGGUCGUCUUUCGAUUUGUGAAUGGUGUUAUUGAGAGGUAUCGAGAAUGGGAGACCUGUAUCAACAAACGAGGGCUUGUCGCUGUCGCAACAGCACACAACUCGACACUUCUAACCAUUCCUGGGAAACAGUUGGGCCAUGUUCAACUUGUCCGUCUUCCUCCGUGUCCCCCUCCUCCGCCACCCCCCCUACCAUCCGUUUCAUCCCCAGCUCCAUUUGAUACGACGAAUUCCAGAAUACCCGGGAGUUUCAUCGCUGCUCAUAGUACGCCUCUCACUACGUUAUCUGUUGCUGCUUCGGGUCGCCUUUUAUCGACGACGUCAGAACAGGGGACGCUCAUUCGGAUAUGGGACGCUUUUACUGGGAAGCUCGUCCGUGAGUUACGAAGAGGGAUGGAUAAGGCACGGUUUUAUGGUGUUUCGUUCAGAGGGGACGAGACCGAAGUUUGUGUAUGGAGUGAUAAAGGCACGGUACACAUAUUCAACAUUUUUGAUCGUGAUGCGGAAGGGAAUAAAUCCAGCAAUCGACAAUCGUCAUUGAACCCGUUGACUCCAUUCAUUAAAUUGCCAAAAUACUUCAGGUCGGAGUGGUCCUAUGCGUCCUACAGACUACCAGGUCCAACGGCUCAUAUUGCGCUGUCGUCAGCUCUGGGCUCCGCAGGUGAUAAUCCUCGGAGCAUUGACGCGGGAGAGGCAGAGAAAUGCGUCGUAGGGUGGAUCCAAGUGCCUGUGCGCGUUGAAGAGGAAUUUGUGGAGGAAGAAGUGAUGCAGUAUCAGCUGCUCGCUUUGACUUAUUCUGGAUGUUGGUAUCGUCUGUCUAUACCUUCAUCUUCGGUAACCUCCAGUCUAGUCAGCAGUGCAGUUAGCGGUACAGCGCUCACUGGUCAAGUUCCGCCCCUAGCUUCUCCCCCACCUUCCAUCGCCGGAGGGGCUGUACCUUCACCCAAAGACACGCGACAUCCUCAUCGGACGCCCUCAGCCCCCCGGUCCACGACGUCUUUGCCCCUGCCUUCCUCCGCAAGGCCUCACCGCUCAUCCCCCACCAGAGGGAAGAAGGGGGAAGGCAAUGUGGAUAGUGAGAAGAGGGGGCGUGAGUGUGUGCUGGAGGAGUUUAGACGUUUUGGACGAUGGGAUGGCUGGGCUUGA